CACCAUGUGUCCGGUCACAUGGUCACGACGUCAUGAAAGGUCCUGUAACUGACUAGGAUCCAGCAUGCAUGGAGAUAGUAGGCUCGUGAGCUGGUGACGUUCUGUGGACAGAUCGCUGACUGACUGUUCUCUGGCUUCGGUUACAUAGAGCAUCAUGCCUCACAGAAAGAAGAAACCCUUUAUAGAAAAGAAGAAAGCGGUGACCUUCCACCUGGUGCACAGAAGUCAGAGGGAUCCUCUAGCUGCCGAUGAAUCCGCUCCCCAGAGAGUCUUGUUACCUGCAGACAAGGUAGAGGUAGAAAAACGAAAAGAGGAGCAGAGGAAGUUUGGGGUCUUCUUUGAUGAUGAGUAUAACUAUUUGCAACAUCUUAAAGAAACAGGGCCUGCUGAACUUGUCCCUUCUGAAACGCACCGAGCACCCAGCCGAAUCAUAGUGACUGAGGAUGGAAAAGUGGAAGAGGAGGCUGAACAUGUCCAGGGUCCUUCCAUAAACCUGCCUUCUUCAGUCUUUGCAUCAGAAUUUGAGGAGGAAGUUGGGCUUUUAAAUAAAGCUGCCCCACGAGGUCUGUGCUUAGACUUGGAUCCUGAUAUUGUGGCAGCUCUGGAUGAAGACUUUGAUUUUGAUGACCCUGAAAACCAGCUAGAUGAUGAUUUUGUAUUACAAGCCAAUGAUCCUGCUGCCAUUGCUAGGGACAAGUACGGAGCAGAUGAUCAUGAAUGGGAAGAUGUUGACAGUGACGAAUCGGAUGAUGAAAGCCAAGAGGGUGACUUUGACUCAGAUGGUCCUUUUUCGGGGGAAGAGGGUGAAGGAGGAGAUCGUCCUAUGAAAGAGUUUUUGUUUAUGCAGGAAGAGACAAAGAGCCGCUUCUCAGAGUAUUCAAUGUCUUCCUCUGUCAUGAGGCGGAAUGAGCAGCUCACGCUACUGGAUGAGCGCUUUGAAAAGUUUUUUGAACAAUUCGACGAUGAUGAAAUUGGUGCCUUAGAUAAUGCAGAGCUGGAAGGAUUCAUCCAUGCUGAUAGCAACCGCCUCAAAGAUGUCGUAGAUAACUACUUCAAGGAGAAGGCAAAAGAAUGUGUUAAGCUGAAAGACAUGGAGCACAGGCCUGAGCUGGAUUUAAUUGAGGAAGAUGAAGAGGAUAAUGAAGAAAUGCAGACUAUAGUUAUAGAAGAACCAAGCGAGAAAUGGGACUGCGAAUCUAUUCUAAGCACAUAUUCCAAUUUGUACAAUCACCCGCAAAUUAUUAAGGAGUCACCAAAGGCCAAACCAAUUAAGGUAUCUGCUAAAACUGGCAUGCCAGUAGGAGUCCUUCCUGAAAGAGGGCUCACAGCAAAGCAAGUGGAGCGUAUGGAAAUGAUUAACGGUGGAGAUUUGCCUAAGGUGUCAACCCAGCCACGCUCCAAACAGGAGUCCACCGAAGAGCGAAAAGCAAGGAAACAGGCGAUAAAGGAAGAACGCAAGGAUCGAAGAAUGGAAAAGAAGGCAAAUAAACAGGCAUUUAAAAUGGAAAAGAGCAGACAGGAGAAGGAGCAGCUAAAUUUGAGACAGAACCUUCAAGGACUCAAGUUGUCAUAAGUUUUUGUCAAGAUUGGCCAGACUGAAGCUCUGUGAGCAAGUAUAAGUAGUGUAUGACACUACAAGAUCAAGAGAAUAAUAUCCACCAGGAUACUUACACUAGAAACAUCAAAACUGAAAGUAUUGCAAGAUUUCAUGGAGCAGAUAUUGCAAAUGGCACAUUUUGUCAAGCAAAAACUUUAAAUGAUCAAAAAACUCUUCAACAAACUUUGCAACAUAAAUGAAUAAUACAGGUGAAUAAAAGAACCUAUAUCUUAUUAGAGAAAAAUGCCUAUCCUCUUAUUAGACUCCUUUCCUGCUCCUUCCUCCCUUCUCAACCUAUUUACUCUUAAAG